AGUCCGGGUGGGAACAAAGCGCGGCCUGCGGGCGGCGGCUGGGCUCUGGUGGCGGGGCCGCGGGGUGCGGGGCCUGCGGGCGGUGGCCCGGGCGGAGCGUUGGCGAAAAAGAGGCGGCAUCAUCCUCUGGUGCCCGCCCGGCCAUGAAUGGGCUGCCUUCUGCCGAGGCGCCGAGCGGCGCGGGCUGCGCCCUGGCUGGUCUCCCGCCGUUACCGCGCGGCCUCAGCGGUCUUCUCAACGCGAGCGGGGGCUCGUGGAGAGAGCUAGAGCGCGUCUACAGUCAGCGCAGCCGCAUCCACGAUGAGCUGAGCCGAGCCGCCCGCGUCCCGGACGGGCCCCGCCGAGCCACCGGCGCCGCCAACGCGGGAACUGCCGCGGGUACUCCUGGCUCGCGUCGCCCUGUCAACCUCGACUCGGCGCUAGCGGCGCUGCGCAAGGAAAUGGUGGGCCUGCGGCAGCUGGACAUGUCCCUGCUGUGCCAGCUGUGGGGCCUGUAUGAGUCGAUCCAGGACUAUAAGCACCUGUGCCAAGACUUGAGCCUGUGCCAGGACCUGUCGUCCUCCCUGCACUCAGACAGCUCCUACCCACCUGACGCUGGCCUGUCUGAUGAUGAGGAGCCUCCAGAUGCUAGCCUGCCCCCAGACCCGCCACCCCUCACUGUGCCCCAGACACACAAUGUCCGGGACCAGUGGCUGCAGGAUGCCUUCCAUAUCAGCCUCUGAGAGCUGGGAGGGUGGGGGCAUGCACCCACGACAAAGGCUCAGAAACUCACCCCUCAGCAAGUACUCGGACUGUGGUGCCUGCUUUCCCCCAUACCACCUCACCUCACAGGAGGGCAGGGUCUGGGCCCCACGGAGGCAAAGCUGCCCACCCUCUCAUGUCUUGGAUUAGCUGGCACUGGGGCGCGUACCUGGGCUAUAGCCUCUGCCCAUGGCACUGGUCCUCCACUUGUCCCACCUGUGGGACCUCCAGCGUGGCCGACCUUCAGUCCGGCAGUGGGGUCCAAAGCCCUUCCCUUGGCAUCUCUGGGACUGGGAUUGAGUGGCCUGGCUCCUGUCUCUUCACCUUCGCUGCUGUUGGCAGCUCCUGGCUCAGGGGCAUCCCACCUCUGGCCCCUGGGUUCCACUGCCCUAGACAGGGGCUCUCCAGGACCCAUUCCUGCACCAUCCAAGGUCAGGAGGGCCAAGGCUUCGUGCUGGAUAUUUAAGUUUAGGGGUCAGCCUCUUUGGCUCAUAGAUAAAUAAACACUGUCUCAGCA